UGAAUGCAGCAUUACGUUUAUGGAACGACAGCCGCGGAAAUCAAACGAGCUCUCAUGCAACACAGACAAAACCUUACGUGGUUUGAGAACAUCGAGAUAAAUAUGUACAAAGUAGAGCUAGCAACUAGCGCAAGCAGCAGAUAUUUACCCAAAUAUCUUACUUUUUAAUAAACCAGGUGUGUGUAUGCAGGAUUUCGAAAAAAGUGAGUAUGCAGAAUAUUUUUUGCUCGGACAUGAAGCAACAUGGGCAGCUACAGUGACUCCACCAGUGAUCUUGAUGAGGAGUUGCCUGUGUUUGACUUCCUUCAGUCAGGGCGACACAUCAGCCGAGCCUCCCAGAACCACUUAAGGACACCAGACCUGGAUGAGCGGGAUGGCUCCGGUGCAGAAGAAGCAGCCAUCUUCUCCCCAGCAAAGGGAAAUGCGGGCGCAUGUACAGGAAUGACUGAUGUAAUGAUGAUCAGCAGCGAAUCUGAUGACGAUGCACCUUAUGUCCCUCUGGCACAGAGACUCAAACAGAGGCAAGACAAUGUGAUUAGUGCCACCUCCGCUGUCACUAAUGGGAAAGAUGCUGAGCAGAAUUUGACAUCCAAUCUUGCCAGCUCACAGCUGUCUUGCCAGAAAAGCUUUCCAGAGUCCGAGCAGCCGCUCAGCUUCCAUCAGGUGAGAACAGCUAAGCACGGGGUCUCAGGUAGCUUGGAAGAGGCGGCAGCUCCCCCUCAGCGGUGGUUGCCUCCGAAGCCUCUCUUCAGUGCAGGAAGCACUGAGACAUCUCCUGCCAAGAUGAAACCUGCCAAGCGGACUGCGGAGGAGAUCCAGGCCUCCAGGGAGGAGGCUCUGAGAAGGAGGCAGGCCAGGGAGAAACAGCAGAGAUGCAAGGAGGCACUCAGGCAGGAACAAGAGAGACAGAAGGCAGAGAGGAAAGCUGUGGCGGAGGCUGCCAAGGCCCUGAGGCCGGAGGAGUGUAUCAAGCAUAUGGUGGUUGCUGUGGACCCAGCUCUCUUACAGCUGGAAGGAGGCGGGACUCUGCUGGCAUCGGUACAAGCUCUGGGUUGUAGCUGCGCCAUAGAGAAACAGCCUCUCCCACGCAGUGUUAGCUGGAUGAGGAGGACACCCUGUGCACAGCAAGGCGAUGGAGUGUGUGUACCAGAGGUUCAUGUUGUGAUGCAGAUGACAGUUGAUGACAUCAUCACCCUGAUCCACAGCUACAUCCAGGAGGAGAGGCAUGGCAGGUCUGGCUCUGGUCCCACUCUGACGUCAUGGGUGCAGGAGCAGCAGAGGCGUAACCCCUGCAAGGCCCUCAGCCUGGUGGUCGUCGACCUGGAGAAAUACUUCAGAUCCCAGAAGUCACAGGGCCAGAAGAGGUUUCGAGAGGCAGUCGCGGGCGAGGAGCGAGGAAAAGUGAAGAAGAGAAAGAAGAAUGGUGGAGAUGAGGUGCUGCCUGAGGUGUCACGAGUAGAAGUGGAGGAGGCAGUGGUCCAUCUCCAACUUCACACGGGUGUCUCAGUUCGUUUCUUGUCGACCUGGAAGGACUUCUCAGAUCACAUCACCAUGACAACCAAAGCGGUUGCGGAAGCCCCUUUCAAACGAGAGCGGGAAAAGACAGGCUUCUCUUUCUACCUGGAGAGUGAGUGGGCGGGAGGGCAGCGGGUGGAUAAAGCUGGGAAAGGGCUGCUGCAGGUGUGGAAGAGACAGAUCCAGCAGUUGAACAGAGUCAGUCCAGACAUGGCCUCAGCCAUCCUAGCAGUGUACCCCUCUCCACAGCUGCUCAAAAAGGCUUAUGAUCGAUGCAAGACAGACCGUGAGAAGAUGUCCCUGCUGUCCGACCUUCUGAUCCGUAGAGGAGAAGGCAUUACCUCCACGACUCGACGGGUCGGCCCAGAGCUUUCCAAACGCCUCUUCCUCAUGAUGAACUCUUGUGACCCUGAACAGACUCUGGAUUCCACUGUGUGACACUGAAGUGAAUUUCAUAGGGAGUAGUUAGAAUUUCUCUUUUUCUUGUUUUAAAUGUGAUGAAUAUGUAUGUUAACAUUUUAUGAAAAUACAACAUUUGAAGAACACUAUUAUUAAGAAAUAAUCUUAAAAAAAACAUCAUAUACAGUUGUUAAAAGGAAAUUCUCAUAAUUUUCAAGUUGGGUCUUAUUCUCAAAUGGGGCUCCUUCUGGCUAUCGUUCAUGUUAACUUUACACUGAUCACCUCUGUUGGAGAGAUACAUAUAUACAUAAAAUUCAGAAACAGUUUGAAAUAAUUUAUUUAAAACUGUUUCAGAAUUUUAAUAAAGGUAAACAAAAAAAGGGAGACCUGUGGAUUAGCUAUUGUGGCUAACAGCAUAGAAACUUAUCUCCAGGACAACAUGCCAGCUAACCAAACUAGCUUCAUGCCAGUAUAUAACAGUAUUACAUAUAAAAGUAUUACUUUAAUAAAUUUCCUCAAAUCUUCUACCAUAGCACACCUCAUUUGCUUUCUCAUUUGCUACUACCUCUCUAGCGGGCUAACACACCAUAGCAUCCCACAGCCUCACGUGUAAACAAUCUGCUGUGAAGCUAGUUGUCCUAUAAAUCCCUAUGCAGUUAGCAUAUUUUUAUUCACUUUUCUGUGUUCAGUUGAAUUUGGACUCAGAAACAAGUAAUUUAAAUGGUUCAUUUAAAAUUUAAGUUUGUUGUGAGGCUCAUGCAGUUAGCAGAGGUAUAUCAGAUGAGUGCAAAGUUAGCGUAACUCACACUAGCUUAGCCAGAGUUGUCAGUAUAGUUGUUGUUAAAGGUUAAAGAAUACGUGACUUUCCUUUUGAGUAAUACUUUUACAAAAGAAACCAUGUUCUAGCUAUAAUUAAUAAUGAAGUUGCAUCUUUACAAGUAUGUUUAUUUUUAAUUUUUUAAUUUUUUUUAAUUGUUGUGGCUUUUGCUAGAAUGAUAAAACCACUGUCAUUUACACUAAUAAAGAUACUCAUUUAACACUGGAGCAGUAGCCUCUUUGUCAC